AUGCAUAUAUACUCCAAAGGUAAACCAAGCCUCCAUGAUGGCUUCUCCUCUGGCUUCUUGGCUUGUGGCAGCUCUCCCCACGGCCUCCCUGAGAAUCCAGCGGUACCGACGGAGGGAGCUUUUUAUAAUCAAUCCAUAAAGCUUGCUGAAGCAGACCCCUGCCUGCUGCUCCCCACACCCAGCCCCGAGACGGAGCACCCCGCCGACCCCACCAUGUCAUCAGAGCCCAGCGCCCCGCCGGCUGUGCCCCCUCUGCACUCUCCCAAGUCCCCGGUCUGGCCCACCUUCCCCUUCCAGCGUGAAGGCAGCCGUGUCUGGGAACGGGGCAACCUCCUACUGCGGGACCUGCCCAGCCCACUGCCCACUAAGAGGACCAGGACCUACUCUGCGACGGCACGUGCCUCUGCCGGGCCCAUCUACAAGGGUGUCUGCAAGCAGUUCUCCCGCUCACAGGGCCAUGGGUUCAUCACUCCAGAGAACGGCACAGAAGACAUUUUUGUCCAUGUGUCUGACAUCGAGGGGGAGUACGUCCCGGUAGAGGGGGAUGAGGUGACGUACAAGGUCUGCCCCAUCCCUCCCAAGAACCAGAAGUUCCAAGCAGUGGAGGUGGUGCUCACCAACCUGGCGCCCCAUACGAAGCAUGAGACGUGGUCUGGGCAGAUCAUCGGCUCCUAGGUGCCUGGGGGGCCUGAUGGCCGCUCGCGGGGAGCUUGGGGAAGGCUGGGCUGGCGAAGAGGCUGGGGCCACUCCUCAGCACGCAGGUGUUCACGUUCGGUGUCUUUUCUAAGGUUACAGUUUCCUUUUUGUGUGUGUUUGUACCUGUCUUUGAGGGGGAUGGGGAAAGCGGUGUCCUCCCCACUGACUCCCCAGCUCCUGGGGUAGCACUGAGUCCCACAUCCUUGAGCCCAAGGGGAGCGGGAGGACUGAUCCUGCCCCCAUCCCACUGCAGCCUGGGGCUUGUGGGGGGCUUGUCCCCGCCUCCCCAGCCCUGCUCUGGCCAGAUGGGCAAAUCACUGUGCCGGGAGGGGACAGCUCAGCCCCUUCUGCCCCCAUCACCCCAGCCCCCCUUGGAACCCCAUCCUGUGUGUGCCUGUGUGUGUGUGUCCGUAGGUCACCGUGGGGCUGGAGGGUUUGGUGAUCUCCCUCUGCUCAUGUUCCACACCGACACCUCCCGCCCCCUCGGUGUAGACAGGGUCUCGUAUAUAAAGCACAAAUUAGUUCUCAGUCCUCUCUGCCAUAGCUUGGCUAGGUGGGCUCCUGCGGCCUUGGGAACGGGAAGGGGAACCUGGGAGUUGUGAGAUGUGGACGUAGGGAUGGCCCCAUGCCAUGCCCCAGGCAGUUAGCCCGGCCAAGACAAACUGUUGGAUUUUUCUUUUUUCUUUUCUAUUUUUUGGGGAAAUAAACUAAAAUCCUAGGAUUGUUGGUGUUUUUACAACUCUGGUGUGGUUCCUGCCUGUCUGACCUUGUGUCAACCUUUGUAACAUUGGCAAUAAACCAUUAAAAGUGACUUUCC